AUAGGCAAUCACUCAGCUGUGUACUUAGUAAUCCUCCACGCGAGUGUGAAGGUAGAGCAAGCAGGAAAUAGGAGCAUUGCUAGACCACAUGGUGUAGUAGCCGGCAUUGUGUGCCCAGGCUUUUGUGUGAAUUUCUACUGAAUUUUGAGAUAAGUACAACAAAUUGGGAUAUAUUUGAUGCACAGGAGCUAUCUUAUACUUACAGAAGUGAUAAAAGACAGAAAAAGAAAAUAGUGUAGAAAGUGACAAUUGCUGGUCCAGUAUUUUUGGAACUAUUGAAGAAAAAUCUUCCCGUGUGGUGAGAAACUCGAGAGAAAAAAUAUAUUGAUAUUGAACAGUUCCCAAACUAAACAGGCUUCAUGAUGGAUGUCGAUAUUAUAAAGAUGGAGCCGGGGAGCCCAUUAGGUCUCAGUCGAUGUGGCCAUUCCCUGUCCUUGGAAGAAAGCUUCGGCCGCGACGUCUUUGCAGACUAUCACAAUGACGACUACGGCUCAGAUGGUUCUUACCAAGGAAACAGUGCAGACAAUAGUGGUAACAUAUCCCCUUGCAGCAUUGAUGAAAGUCCAUCUCCCAUUGACACAAGCAAAUUAGACUUCAUUAACAAUAUUGCUACUUCCAUCACAAAUUCCAUUAAUUGUGAUCAGGACAACAUUGAGUUACCAAAGAGACUUUGCUUGGUGUGUGGUGAUGUGGCAUCAGGCUACCACUAUGGGGUGUCCUCUUGUGAAGCAUGUAAAGCAUUCUUCAAAAGAACUAUCCAAGGAAAUAUUGAAUAUUCUUGCCCUGCCAAUGGUGACUGUGAAAUUACCAAAAGAAGGCGAAAGGCUUGCCAGGCAUGCAGAUUUCAAAAAUGUCUCCGAGUGGGCAUGCUCAGAGAAGGGGUUCGUCUGGAUCGAGUCCGUGGAGGAAGACAGAAGUACAAGCGCACCAUCGACUCUGGCCCUAUUGUGCAGCAGAUUUUUCCCAUGAUCAAGAAAGCCUGUGUAGAAACCACUAAGUCAGAUUUUUCUUCAGAUAACAAAAUUCUGUCACAACUCAUAAGCAUCGAGCAUCAGCUAGACAAACUGUACGUCAAUACUGAGUCAGAAAUCCUGGAGGGGGGAGAGGAGGUGCGCUUUCUUGCCACUGUAUCUGAUCUGGCUGACAGAGAGCUGGUGAUCACCAUCAGCUGGGCUAAACAGGUCCCAGGAUUCUGCACCCUAUCCCUCAGUGACCAGAUGAACCUUUUGCAGCAUUCAUGGUUGGAAAUCCUAUGUUUAAAUCUUGUAUUCCGUUCUUGUCCUUACAAUGGCUACCUCAAAUUUGCUGAGGAUCUUCAACUCUCUGUCGAUGAGUGUAAACUCUGUCACUGCUCUCCAGAACUUGACGGGCUGUCACGGAAACUUGCCAAAAAAUUCACCGACAUGGAGGUCACAAAGGAAGAAUAUCUCCUGCUGAAAGCCAUGACUUUAUGCAAUAUAGAUGUGGCAAUUGAGAAUAGCGAAGCAGUGAGACAGCUCCAAGACAAAUUACAAGAUUCCCUGAUUGAAUAUGUCAAAUACCGCUACGUGGGUAAUCUCCGCCGAUUAGGACAUCUAUACAUGCUUCUCCCAGCUCUAAAUCACAUGAAAUUGCUUGCCAAGCAGUACUGGUUUGAUGUGAAGAAAGAUGGAAGGAUCAUGAUGCACAAGCUUUUCCUGGAAAUGUUGGAGGCGGACUCUUGACGUUGAAAAUGGAAGGGAAAUAACUCUUAAAUAGUGUUAAGGUUUUUUUUUCUUGACAAGCAUGUGAUAUAUUUUGUAAUUAAAGAAGCUUUCACAGAUUAAGAUUAGAGAGCAGAUGCAGUUCAUGGUAUAUUUUUAGUAUAAUUAUGCAAAGUUAGAUUUGUGUAAAAUUUUUGUUGUUUGAUUUUUUAAUUCUUUCUUGUUUAAAGUUUUUUUCUGUAUAUCAUGACAUAUGUGUGAUGUGCAUAGAACACAGACAUUGUAACCUGUGUGCUAUAACUGUGUGUAUAAGGUGGAAAAAAUUGUCGUAAUCUUAUCCAGAUCUCAAAGCUAUCGUAGUUAGACAUUUUAUUUUUUGUUUUCCAAGUUUUUUCCCAAGGUAUGCACAUGCAUGCAGAGAAUUGUUACAAGUUCUUUAAGAUUUCUGUUGUAAAGUAUACCCUUUUACAACAAAGGGUGAGAAAUUGUUACAUACUUAAUCAUAUUCAAAUUAUAUGCAAAUAGAUGUGGAAUUACCUGCAUCAUACCGAACCAUAUUGGAACUUGUAACAAAUCUUCUGUAUUUACCCCCAAUUGUUAGCAUCAGUAGUGCUAAACAUUGUGCCAAAUCUGCAACUUUGUUUCAUUGAUGAUAGACCAGGCUACAUAAUUUCCCCCCACAAUCCUUUCAUUCCAAUAUUUUGCCAUUUCCCAUAGUAGUUAUUGGCCCUAGUCUGAAGGCAGCAAAAAUAUAUAGGGGGAUUUCCCUGAACAAAUCCUUUGACUUCUAUAUGACAGAUUCCCCCUUCAUAGUUUUUUAACCAUAUAACUGUUGGUCCUUCACUGCUGCUUGCUGGUGUUGACCAUUUGGAUCCCCAGUUGUUUCUCACAUGAGGGUCAAACAGUUGUCCAUUCAUUCCCACCUCUUUGUUGUUUAUCCAAACCAUUAUGAUUUUUUCCCCCAGUUUAUUUGAUAGAAAGUUUGAACUCAGUGAAUAUGACAGCUUAGUGAAAAACAAAAUUUGUUAGAAAUUUCUUAUGAAUGACUUUUUGUGUAUUCUGUGAUUGGAUGAAUAUGGACCAAUUAUCAUGAUGCAAAUUUACUAGUCAUAUUUAACUCUAUCUGCUCAUGCAGAUUUCUGCACUGAUGUCCGUCCAUGGCAGAUGAUAUGUCUCCUUCUCUACAAAUGACCCUGGCUGAUACAAAUGAUGGUUUGGAUACUCUGUGUAAAUUUUAAUUCUCAUUCUAAACUGAAAUACUUUUUUAGGGGCAAAAAAACAAAAAUGUGGAAUUUUAUAUCUUACAUGUGAUAUACAUGUAUUUUUGUCAUGAGGCCUAUCUUUAACAAAGGACACUUUUCUUUUAUCAGCCAGGAUCACUCAGUCUAAUAGCAGCGAUAGAUUUUUCAAUUCACUCAUUUUGGUCUGCAGUAAAGAAAAAAGAUAACAAAUUAAAGAAAGGCAACAGAAAAAGAGAGUCAAAAUGAUAAUUGGUUGUAUGAUUGUUACAGAAAUGUGUGGGAUUUCUUUUUAUAUCCAUAGAUAAACUGUAUAUAUGUGCAUCAACCCUGUACAUACAAAUUGUUGAUGUUAUGGAUUUUUAAACAGAGUGUUAAUGUAUAUUCCUAGAUAUAAGUAUGAAUUAAUUAGAGCUGUGUAAUUUGACGAGGUGUGAUAGCUAUGUAUAUUAAUUAGUGUAAUGCCAGCGAUCAUUGCUGACUUGCUUGUUUUCCAGAAUUGUUGGGUUUUCCAAGUACCUAUAUAUGUAUGCCAUGUACAUUUGUUGGUUUGUGUUUUUUUAAUCGGUGCAUUUAAAUUGGUUAAGAAGUUAAGUAUUACAUAGAUCUGUAUAGCCAGGGCUCUUCAUUGUGAUGUGUUAUGCAUAUAAUUGUUAUCUUAUUUUAGAAAAUAAUUCCAUUUAUUUAAAUUUUUUAGGCAAAGAAAUAGAGUGUAAAAUGUGUAUAACUAGUUUUAACAAAUUCAGCUUCAUCUGGACAGCAGUGUAGAACUGUUUUGUUUUAUUGCAGAUUAUUUUUUCUUCUUUGUACGAGCAUAUUACAGAAGAUUUGGCUUUGAUAUAACACAUUACAAUGCUCAGCCAGAUGGGGACCUACACUUGUUUUCAGUUUUCUCAGGUGCCCAUGUUACCUCAGGUUAUUUUAUUGUAGUUUAAUUGUGAUAUUUGAAUUUGUUUUCAUCUUUGUAACUACAUAUAUAUUGAGCCAUUAUAUUUCAAGAAAUUCUGUAGCUGUGCAUUUUAAGAUUUUUUGUAUAAUGUAUUUUUUGUAAGAAUCAGAGCCUGAUUUUAUGAAGUUAUCACUUUCUCGGGUUUUCUUCUUAAUUGUUUCAUAACUGUACACAAACUUUUUCACGGGUAGCGAUUAAAAUUUAGCAAAUUAUUUUUUCGUAUACUCAGUAUAUGGAUAUAAUGAUUUACAACUGUUAUUGCCUGAAGAAAACUGAAAA